AUGUACGUUGUGAAAUUGCUCGUUGCAGUUUUUAUCGAAUCUUCGGUACUUUUGUUGUGCACCAGUGGAACUUUAUGCAUUGCGCAGCAAAAGAGUGCAGCAAAUAAAACUCAACCAAAUUCCAUUGAAAUGCUACUUGCCGCCAUUCAACGAGAGCACAGCUUUAGCACACUGGUCUUCUGGCGGCGUGAACCAGCAGAUUGCUUUGCUGAGCUCACCAGCUGGAAUUCGCCGAACUAUACCGCGAAGCUCAGCUUCAACGCCAGCUACGCGAUCUACCUAAAUGCGCACUAUAAUCGCGCAAUUCUCAAUGUUGUUUGUCUGGACGAUUUUGUGGACCUUAAUUUGCUCGACAACAUGGCUGACGGAUUGCUGCAUAUGCGGGAAACUCGAGUAUUAUUUCUGCUAAAAAAUGUUCCAGCUUCCCAACCGUUCGCUGAGUUGGAAGAACUCUUCACCUACUGCGACCAGGAGCAGCUGUUGAAUGUUUUGGCAAUACGCAAGGAUUUCGCAACGACCGGACUUUUCUACUCAUUCAAUCGUUUUCCCAAUUUCACUAUAGAGCAUGUGCAAUGGCCCGACAUGUACUAUCCGAAUCGGCUCAAGGAUCUGCAUGGCUUUGCAUUACGCACCAUGCCCUCACAGGCCGAGCCGGGCUCCAUCAUCUACACAGAUCAGCGAGGUAAGAAGCAAAGCUUAGGCUAUAUCUAUCACCUCAUUUCGACAUAUGCUGCGAAGCUCAACGCCAGCCUCACCUACAGGAUGCCCGUGAAUGUGGGCGCUAGCAUCGAAGUCUCCAUUUUGGCAGAUCUCGCCAGCAAUUACGAUUUGGAUUUGCCAAUAUGCUUGCAAAUGCCUGUCGAAAAUAUGUCGUUAUACGGAUUCUCGGGCGUGGUAGAAAUCGGUCAUUGGAUGCCGAUGUUGCCACGCGCUGGCUACAUUGAGCGCUAUCAAAUAUACAAGUAUGUUUUCAGCAGCAAUACGCUCAUCCUAGAUGUAAUCAUUUUCAUUAUAUUCUCUCUACUCUACGCGCGUAUUGCCAAUGGCGGGCGCAUACCGCGAAGGUCGCAGCAGUGGCCUAACAACGAGAUGAUCUUCAAUGAUAAGAUAUUUCGUGGCGUUGUCGGACUCUCCUUUAAAUUGCGUCGAGAACGAAACUAUAAAUUUUAUUUGCUCUAUUUUUUAAUUUUUGUUCAGGGCAUAAUUUGGAGCACUGUUUACAGCGCUCAUCUUAAUGCUUCGUUUAACCAACCGCCAUCCGGUGAACAAAUCAACAGCUAUGAUGAUCUAAAAGCGCGUAACAUACAAAUUGCCAUACCUCAGGGGUCAUUUGAGUUACUGGAAAAGUUAAUGCCUGAGUCCUUCAUGCGUGAGUAUAAAGACAUCUUUCUCAUUAUGUCCGAGUUGCGCGACUACUACGCCAUACGCAAGAGUCUAGACACGAAGUUCGCCUACUCGGUACAUUCGGAAACAUGGGCAAUGGUUUCGCGAAGACAGCGCUAUUUCUCGCAGCGUCUUUUUCGCAUCUCUGAGUCGCUCGAAUUUCAUCAACAAAUUUUAUUGGCUGUGCCUUUGGCGGAAAAUAGCGUUUACCGUGCUUCUUUCAACGCCUAUUUGCUGGAUAUGCAUGCAUAUGGUAUGUGGCAUCAUUGGACGACGAUGAGUCUAUUUGAAAUGGUCAAGGCGGGAAAGCUUAACUUUGAGGAUUUGACAAAGCCACGCAGUUGCAAGGCUAUACAGCUGGGGGAUCUUUACUACAUUUGGUUGAUUUAUAUAUUUGGCAAUGCUAUUGGUUGCAUGUGCGUCGUAGCGGAAGUAUUGCAUAAGAAGUUCAUAAGUGAUACGGUACUAAGAGACUGUAAAGAAUAUUUCAUAUCCAUUUGGAAUGAGCUUAAAGAUCAGUUUACUUAG